AUGACACAACCAGCGUCAGAUGUCCUCGAGGCUUUUGGCAUUUCAACUCGGCCAGUUCCAGUUGCCGGUGGUAGAAACUUGUGCUUCAAAGCGGGCGACAUCAUCCUCAAGCCUUCAGACGACGACCAAGAAGCCGAGUAUGUCGGAUCUUUAUGUCAUUCGAUAGCAGCCCUUCAGCCCACCAACUACUACGUACCGGAGCCAAUCACAUCUCAACUAGGCUACGUCUACAAGGGCUGGACAGCAUGGACGUUCCUUCCCGGAAAAUCAGAGCCCAACCUCGAAGCUAUGUUGGAAGCCUGCCGCGGUUUUCACGCGGACACUGCUACGCUCUCUACUGAGAAGCCCGAGUUUCUGAAACAAAGACUGGAUCGAUUUACUGAGGCUGAUUCCGUGACGUGGGAGGAAAAAACCCUCGAUGAGGUAGCAGAUGUCAACACCGAGAUCCUAUCCAUAAUACAGCCUGCCCUCGACCAGCUUCUGAAACUACGAAAGCCAAUAUUAGCAGAUCUCAAAAACCAGCUUAUCCAUGGCGAUCUCACAGGGAACGUCCUCUUCGACGCCGAUACAAACGUUCCACCGGGUAUUAUUGACAUUACUCUUUACUGGCGACCAGCUCUGUACGCAGAGGCAAUCAUCGUGGCAGACGGACUCGCAUGGUUAGGUAAGGGCGCUGAAUUGAUAGAGGCCUUUGGGACUGAUGAGGUACGACUCCAGUUGCUUGUUAGGGCACUAUAUUGGCGGUUGUUGUCGUAUGCCAUUGAUCCGGAUCUGGUGUUUGUGGGGUGGCAUUUACCUAGGGUAGAUUAUGGGAGGUGUGCUGCUAUUGUUGGGGGGUUUUUAGAGGGAUAG